AGUCGCAGGUUGAUGACGUUUGGCUGCGCCAGGCCCUGUACACGGCGGGGAAGGGGGACCCGCACCCGGUGUGCGGCAAGUGACAUGAGGCGGCGCCGCCGGAGAGGGGACACUUGGCUCUAGCGUUUCCCUGGCCGCGAGGGAGUGACCUCCCCCCUCGCCGCUCCCAGGGGCCGGACCGAGCUCUUUCCUCCCGCGCCUGAGCGACGGGCUCGGGGAGCAGCCCGGCAACAUGUUCCGCCGAGCCAGGCUCAGCGUGAAGCCCAACGUGAGGCUCGGGGGUAGGGGCGGCGGCUGCGCCCCGGCGGCCCCGGAGCCGCAGGGCGGCCAGGAUUCCGCCUCCCCGCCGGCAAGGAAAGAGCCGCAGCCCAGCGCGACAGCCUCUCCCGGAGCCGCUGCCGGUCCCCGCCCGGACCCCCCGCCCCAGCCGGAGGGGGAACAGCCGGGGAGCAGAGAUGAAAGGACUGGUGCUGCCAAUGAUGAUGGAGAAGCUAGGAAACCUGCAGAUACACCUUUACAGAGAAGAAAACGAAUAUCCACUAUGCCUAAUCUGGCAAAACCCAGAGUUACACUUCCAUCUGCACAACGUUCAGUAUCAAAGUCUUCUCAAAAACAAGUACCUCAGUCUGUUACUAAUGGUAACUCUUCACUUCAGAAGGAAUCCUAUCCAUCAGAGAAGAGCAAUACAGAAAGCUCUCCAAAGUCUCCCAUACUGCCUGAAAAGAAAACACCUGUCCCACAAGUGCCACAGUUUUCUCCACUUAAAAAAUCAGUGAGCAAAGAGCCAAAUGUGGGUGUAACUGCUCUCAGAAAUGACGAAAUCCUCCAGAAGAACACACCCUGUCCUCUCAAGGAGAGACCUACCCAAGGAAGACCUACACAAGAGGAAAUGCCACAUACAAAACCGCCUCUAACAAAAGAUAAACAAAAAUGCUCAGACCGUGAAAGAAUCCUCAAAGCUCAGAAGUUAAGAGAGAUGCUCAAAGAAGAGCUGAAGAAAGAGAAAACGAAAAGAUGGAAAAAUAGACCUACGGUAAUUGAAGGGAAAACUCCACCAGAUCAUUCCAAAAUGACUAUGAGAGACUUGAUAUACUACCUACCAGAAAACAAUCCUAUGAAGUCUUCUCUGGCAGAAGAAAAGAAAACUGAGAAGACUUCUACACAGGUCCAAAUGAAAGAAUCAGAAGAGAUACAUGUUCCUGACCAUGAAGAUGAGGAGGCUGAGACUGAGCCAGAGGAAGGGGAGGAGAAUGAUGGUCCUCUUCUAGUUCCUCGAGUGAAAGUAGCAGAAGAUGGUACAAUUAUUCUGGAUGAAGAAAGUUUAACUGUAGAAGUUUUAAGGACAAAAGGGUCAUGUGUUGUAGAAGAAAAUGAUCCUAUCUUUGAGCGUGGCUCCACAACUACCUAUUCCAGCUUUAGAAAAAGUUUCUAUACCAAGCCGUGGUCAAAUAAAGAAACUGACAUGUUCUUCUUAGCUAUCAGCAUGGUAGGAACAGACUUCUCUCUGAUUGGUCAGCUGUUUCCUCACAGAGCAAGAACGGAGAUAAAGAACAAGUUUAAACGUGAGGAAAAAGCAAAUGGAUGGAGGAUAGAUAAAGCAUUCAAGGAAAAGCGACCAUUUGACUUUGAAUUCUUUGCCCAGUUGCUUGAGGAGGUACUGGCAGAUGAGAAAAAAAGGAAGCAAAAAGCUACUAAAAGACCAAGUUCAAAAGAGAAGAAGCCACCCAAAUCUCGGAAAAAGCAAAAAGCUAAAGUUGUCAGUGAAGAAGCAGAUAAUGACCAGGAUGAUCCUCAGGGUGUCAGAAUUUCUGAUGCAGAAACAGAAGUGGAUGCUGGGACAGCUGAGAAGGAGAAUGAAGCAUCUCUGAAUGUCUCUGAACAGACAGAAGAGAUUAUAUUGGAGCCAAUGACAACCAAAAAGAAGAGGAAAAAGAAGAAAAAAGAUGAUUCUGAACUGGAAGUGGAGAAUCUGUCUGAAGAGGGAGCUGCCCCCUCAAAACCAGCUAAGGGGGGGAAAUCCAGCAAUAAAAAAAAAAAUGCAGUGUCUGGUACAAACAGUGAUAAUCAUACUGAAAGUGGGGAGGAACUGGAUGUUCUUAAUCAAGAAAAUGCGGCUGAGACUCCUGUCCUGAUGGAGCAAGAAUCACAUUCCUGUUUACAACUGAAUGAUAAAACCGAAGAAAGUGAUCUCAAUUUAGCCAGCUUUCAAGAUACUAGUGCUGGAUUAAUAGAAACUGAAUCUUCUGAACCAGAAACCUCAGAUAUCAUCUCUGGGUCACAGGAUUGGCAACCUUCAGAAUCUCAAGCUUCGGGUACCAGAAAUAAAAAAGGAAAUGGUGAAGAAACCAGUGAAGCAAAGAACAAUGAAGUAUGUGAUUUAUAUAAACCAGCUGAAAAGGAGAGUACAGCAGGAAAAAGCCAUGAUUCUAAAUCUGAAACAAUGGAAACUGAAAAAGCUGCUGCUGGAAAGCCAUCAGUGAGAGGACGCCUGCAGAGACCUAAACCCAAUUUAGCAAGGGCAUCUGGAAAGACAGAAGCAGCAGUCCAAGAAAAAUCUGAGGUCAAGAUUUCUCCUCCAGAGCCUACAGAAGGGGCUGAAAAAAUGUAUACCAUGGAAGCUGGUGAAGGUAACACAGCUGAAAUCACCAGAGAUGAAACCAUAGGAAGAGAGAUCAAAGCCUUAGAGACUAAAUCCCAAGAAACUGAAAAAGCUGUUACUGAAAAAGCAGCAAUGAGAGGCCGUCGGCAGCGAUUUAAACCUAAUGUGGUAGGAGCAUCUGGGAAGAGAGAAGCACCUCUACAAGGUGAAGGAAAGGAGAAAACUCCUCAAGAGCCCGAGGGAGCAAUUGAAAAGCAGAGUACUGACCCAGGUAACACACCUGACGGUACCAGAGGGGAAACUACAAAAAAAGAUGGGAGGGUCUCAGAGACUGAACCUCAGUCCAAAGAAAUAUCCUGUUUACAAGAAGGUGGCAAACAGAGUGUACUUAAACCAGCACCAUUAAUGAGGGGUCGAAUGCAGAGGCCAAAACCAAAUGUAGGAAGGGCAGCUGGAAGGCAAGAAGCAUCAACAAUAAAAAAAGAUGUACAAGAUGAAAAAACAGAAGUUGGAGAAGCAGUGAAGAGUUUGAUACAUUGUGAAAACAAAAGUGGUGCACUCCUCACCACAGGUGAUGCAACAGGUAAUGAAGACAUCCUGCUGUGCUCUGAGAUAUCAGAAAAAGAAGCCACUGCAGGACCUGAGACGGUGGUCUCAGUGCAUGUAAAACAGCAUUCCCAAGAGAAACCCUUGGGAUCUGAUAGCUGUGAACAAGAAAAGGAGUUAUGUGUGGAUGAUUUGGAAGAGGUUUCAGAUUUUGGUACAGGAGACGCCAGUUCUCAACAAGAAGAAAAAGGGGCUGUUCAGACAACACAUCUAUUGAGGAAUCAAUUUCAGAGGCCAAAAUCAAAUGUAGGAAAGGAAGCUGGAGGAGGAGAAGUGCCAGGAGUGGAUAAAGAUGUGUCAGAGGACAACGGUGAAAAAGACAAUAGUUUGAUACAGUGUGACAGUAAAUGCAGCAUGCUUCCUGACCUAGAUAAAGCAGCAAAAUGUGAAGUCAUGCCAUCCUUGCAGUCAUUAGAAAAAGACGACCCUGCAGACUCUCAGGAAAUAUUUGCAACCCCAAUAAGCCUUCAGUCCCCUAAAAAGCUUUCAGGAUCUGAGAGUGGUGAACAAAAUGUGUCUCCUCCACCUGCAGAUAACCAGGAGAAGACUUCAGCUGUUGCUACCAGGCUCCACAGCAACCACAUCUCUCAAGGAGAAAGUAAACCAGCCUCUCUCCAGCCAGCCCAGAUAGUGAGGAGCCGAUUCCAGAGACCCAAGCCAAACAUAGGACGGGCAGUUGGAAGGAAAGAAACACGAGCAACAGAAAAGGAUGAAACUGAAAAAAAGACUGAAGCUGAGCAAUCAGCUCUGCAAAAAGAUGAAUCUGCUGGCAUCCCCUCCACUAUACACAAGUCAAAGGGUGAAAAUGAAGCUGUAUCUUCUGAAGCUUCAGGAGAUAAGUUGUUGGGUUGUGAGAAACAGACACCAGAAGGAGAAUCUCCAGUGCCUGAUAUUUACCAAAAUGUGUCAGAUGAACAAAGCAGUUCCCAAGAAGAUAAGACAUGUGCUAUCAAACCAGCACAGCUAAUGAGGAGUCGGUUCCAGAGGGCUAGACCAAACCUGGGAAGGGCAUAUGGCAAGAAAGAAGAGCCAGUGGCAGAAAAAGUUACUGCUCCAGUUGAAGGGGAAACAGGAAAAGCAGAGGAGAGCCCUUUACCACACAGGGUUUCUGAUGUACACCUCUCUCCAAAAGCUGAAGUGGAGGCCCAAAAAGAUGGUUCAGAUUCCUGUGGGGUCACCUCACCAAAAAGAAGCAUUCAAUCAGAAAAACUUUGCUCCCUUGAGAAAUCUUUGAGCUGCAACAAUCAGCAAGAUCAAAGAAAGAGUUGUAUGUCUACAGAUGUUGAGAGCAGGCUUCCGAAUUCUUCUGAAAGGUCCAGUUCUGGAGAAGAAAGUAAACAAAGUGCUAUAAAACCUGCACAGCUAGUGAGGAGCCAUUUACGGAGGCCAAAGCCAAACCUAGUUAGAGCAACAAGAAAGAAAGAAGUCCUUGAAGAGGGAGAAAACACAACUGAGGAAAAGACUGAAGGUAGAAAUACAGAAGAAGGUCUGAUAUCCUGUGAUAUAAAAUCAGAAAACCUAACCUCAUUACUGCACACAUCUCGUAACUUAGUGGAAGUUGCAUCCUCCUCAGAGGAUUCACGGAAAAAAGAGUCUGCAAACAGUAUUGAUGCAGUGCCUCCUAAAAGGAGCAGGCAGUCCUGUAAAUUCCAGUCUCCAGAGAGAUUGUCGGAGAGUGAAAGUCAAAUAGAACAAGAGGAAGAUUCUCAGCCUCUUUAUGCUCAGGAGAAGACCUCAAACAAACUGAUAAGAAGGCAGUCUAGAAGGUCAUCCGAACAGGGAGGCCUGCCAAAACGUGUAUCUGAGCUAAGAACUUCUUCUGCCUCUGAAUGUGAAGUUGAUCGCUGUGAAAAGGGAAAACCACGUCAAAAGACUAAACCAAAUAUCACCAAAGGCAAAGGCUUGAAAACUGCCCACAGCAAGAGAUCUGGGAAAGAACAUGGGAGUUCAAAGGUAACCUUGGUGACCCUCCGGGCUUCUCAGGAGGAGGAUGAAGAUGAUGCAGAUGAAUUUGAGCUGGAUGAUGAAGAUGAAUGUUUUUCACCAGAAGAAGUAAACAAGGCUCCAGUGUUUGUUCCUGUAGGUCUUCGAUCUCCAAAACCUGUUCCUGUCCAGAUUGAGGAAACCAUGGAAGAGCUUGAAAUAUCUGUGAAUGUCCCAGAUGUGCCCUGCAUUACUACUGCUGAAUAUCUGUCUCAUGAUUUAAAUGUGGUUGUCCAGCCUGUGAUGCAGAGAGAUGAAAAUCUGAAUGCCUCACAAAUCGAAGUGACUACACAUGAAAAUCCAGAGACCGACACAGGGAUUAGUGAUGGAAGUACUGAAGCUGCCAUGACAUUACUUGCAAUGGGAGAUCCAAUGUUUCAGUUAAAAAUAAGCACUCAAGGAAGGACACAGGUGUUUCCUGAUCAAGAUGAAUUACACAUGGCUGAUGGCCUCAUAAACCAGCCUAAUACAGAGCAAAAUGUGGCCCCAAGUAAUCAGUCACUUUCUUCACCUACUAAUAAUGAACUGGUUCCCUCAGAGGAUGGAAACAAAGUCAUUCUACCGGACCACAGUUCUGGAAAAGAAGCAAGUGUACACAUUUUUUUUAAGGAAGAUGCUGCACCCACCAGUGAUCACCCUGUGCCCAAAGCGAAUAGUACAUCAAGGUUUGCAAGAUGCAGACUUCCUAAGCCUAAACCAAAUCUUAGCAGAGUACUGGGAACAAAUAAGAAUGUUCAUCAGAAAUCUCUUCGGCCAAAUGCAGAUGUGGAGCAAUUCAAGCAAGUUCAAAGUGAGGGGAAAGCUCUAAGAGAGACCAUAGAAGAGCAGGAAGUGGAACUAGAAUGGAAGAUCAGACCAGCUGAGAACAGUUCUGCAGGUCUGCAGAAUUUUGGAUCUGGAAGCACAGACCUUGCCGAAACAGAAAACAAGACAAGAGAGAGUUGGGAAGCUUCAGUGGAGUUAAAAUCUCCUAUAAUAGCUCCAAAAGCAGAGAUUUUCCUAUCUGGGCUAGAGAAUGAUCCUAAUCAAAGUUCUACUGGUGUCCUUCCGGAAGAUAAGCCUGGUACUGUUAUGCACAGCUUGCCUGAAGUUCAGUUGACGCAGACUGAAGCAGUUACACAGGAGUUUCAACAGCAAUACAUAACCAGCACAAAAGAAACUUCAGUGAAUGGAAAUGGUAACGAAUAUCCAGAGGAGGUGGCGGAACAGACAUUUAUUUUAACAUUGGUGGAAAUUCCAGCUGACUCGAGAGAGUAUCAUGACCCAUCUAUGUCACUAGAUCAAGCUUUGGAACCAUUGCUGCCAGCCCCCAUACUUCUCACUCCAGUGAAUACAGGCUUAGCUAAUGUGAUGGGAGAGCAGAGCAUUGGAUCACUGACGACUCCAGUUGAUAAAGCUGCUACCUCUUUAGACACCUGUACAGGAACAGAAGGACUGCAGAGAGCAUCAAUAGAGUCAUUUACUAAUUUGGAUCAGACAUCUUGCAAAAGGUGUGCUAUUGAUCUUGAAAAAAGUGACACUCCUCCUGCCAAGCGAACUCCAUCUACCUCAGCAGAUGAUAAUCUUGCGAAUACUUACAAGGAGUCUUCAGUUAAAUCAACACAUGCUCCAAGGAAAAUGGCUGGGAGAAUUUCUGAGAAAUUGAAAACUUCAAAGAAGAAAAAACUACCUACCUCUAUAUUUGUAUCUAAAACUGCAGAAAGUGGGCAAUCUGAAUCCUUUCAGAAUUUAGGAACUGUACCAGUUGAGGAAUCGGCAUGCAAGUGUUCAGAUGAGCUGGUGUCUGGAAUGGACCGUGAGGGAAAAGAAGCAGCAAAUGAGCAAGAAAGUUCUAUGGAUAUUUGUGAAUCUGGACAUUCGGGACAUGUUGGAAGCACAGCUGCCCUUUCAAAGAGCCUGAUGCUAAGGGCUGGCCGAAGACCUCUGGGAUUUUUAUCUUUAAUUUGUAAAUCAAGUAUCUCUGAACCUGGAGAGGGUGCUAAAGGGAAUGGACAGAGACUCCAAAAACCUCUCAUAGCUGCCUCAAAGCAAAGUCUGAAAAGACCUACUCCAUCCGCUGAGAACAAUACAGACACUCAAGAGUCCUGUUCCCUUCCCUCUACAAGCCCUUUGACAUCCGCUGAAUGUGAGAAUAGAGGCACUGCUGCAGUUCAGAUUUGUGGACUCUUUGCUUAUCUGUAUGCCAUGAAGCUGAAGAACAAAAGGACUAUGUUGAAUAACAGGAAAAACAAACCACAAUUUCUUCUGAGUCUUCUGAGAAGCAAGCUUCCAGUACUAAACAGGAGAAAGAAGAGGAGCCAACCAGAAUCUCGGAAUAUUUUUUCAAUGAUAUCUUUAUGGAGGUGAAUGAUUCAGAAUAAACCUCUGGGAUCCAAGACUGCCGUGUAACAGCAGAACUGUGUAUAAAUGAGUUGCUGUGAAUUCUCCUUUGUUCUUCCUUAGUCCUAAUUUAUUACUAGCCUCGCUAAUGGAGAAUAACAAGCACUGUUGGAAGACCAAAUCAGUUUUUCUCGUUCUGGGCAAUCUGAGCAUUUUUCAAAUUUUUAAGAACUAGAUUGGCAUGAUGAGACCAAACAGCAGCUGUUGGCUUACACUGUAACUUUUCUAGAUGCAGAUGCUGGGUGCAUGACUACCUUCUAGAAGUGCAAUGAAUGAAUGACUAUCCACAUGACAAUAUCCCUUUAAAUCAUAAUGCUGAAGCUUGUUGGGCUGGUUAUAAAAGUUAUUUGCUAUACUUCUUUUUGUGAAGUUCCACUCCAGGAAGGAGAAUUACCUUCAUAUUUAUCUCCGUUGAUAGAGAAGCAAUUCUAAAAGCUUAGUGUAGUAAAUACAUUAAAAUGUUUUCUAUUGACGGCUAUUUUAUAGUCUUCUCCAAAUUACAUAUUUUUAUAAUGACAGAUUCACAGGUACAUAAGCUUAAAAGCCCUGAUGGAGAAAAAAUUUUUAAUCCCUUUUAAAUGUACAGAGAUAAACAUGAAAGACUAUAUUUAUUUAAUUUUAAUUUAUUAAAAGAUGCUAUCCCAUGUUAAUCCUUUUUCAUCUGUCUGAUUUGGGGGUGAGGAAAAGAUUAACGUAUCUCCCAUUGUAAAUGCUUAUUUCUUCCUAAAGUAAAUAUUUAAUACAAUAGGCUGGAUUCUACUCUUGCACUGUCUUUUAUAUACUCAUGUAACUCCAUUGACUUCAGUGGAAUUUCCCUAGUAUAAAUCAAGAGUAACUGCGAGCAGAAUCAAACCCAGAACUACUGAGUGAGGAUGCUUUGAGGAUUUGCUACUUUGAAACCGUUAAGUUAGAAUGGUUUUCCUCAUGUUUCCUGUCUACGUUUUGUUCACUAGCACAGUGUAACUUAGUUUUAGGGUGGUAUUAGGUUUGUCACAGGAAGACUAAUUUUCCACUUAUGUAAUAAGGAAAAAUUGCCUUGACAAGUUGAGUCACAUGGUCUCAAUCUUAAAAUCAGGCAUUCUUCUAAAAGAUAAAUAUAUUUUCAUUCUUAAAUUUUUGACUUCUUGAAAUGAGUAGGUAGAUAUUUUAAAUUAGACUUCGAUAAAGUCUGCAUUUUUCUCCUUGGUUAAAUGUUCGCCGCUGGAGAUCAAGGAUACAGAAUAGACUUUCAGAACAUGGGAUUUACAUAAUGUCACAUACCUCAAGAUGAGUAUCUCCCUAAUUAUGUUCCUUAACAGUUCUGAAGACCCCCUUCAAACCAGAAUUACUUUUUUACUCUUGCUUCACUUGCCACAGGUCAGUCAGAAAUGCAUAGUAUAUGUUUGUUUACCUUACAGGUUGUGCUUCUACCUUUAAUUUGUAUUUUGUGAAUGGGUCUUGCCAAAAUGAAAAUGAUUCUUAAUGAGAAAGUAAUUUAAAAUAUUUUGCUAAAUUUGGUAUUCAAACUAUUUUUUAAGAUUAUUUUGCCACCCUCUGCAAAGAAAUAUCUACUCUGUAGGGUUGGAUGGUGAUUUACUAGCAAAUCCAUAAUUUAUUUUCUAAUUAUAAUGAUUAUCAGAUUUCUCUUGAAUCACUUGCUGAGACUUGAAUUUUUAUCCUUUCAGAAGUUAUUUUUUGACUUGUAGCUUCUAAAGGAGCCUUCAAGACUGGAACAAUAAUCAAAAAUAGACCAGCUAUUAGGAAUCAUUAAACUAGAAGACCAGAUCACGUACUUUAUAGCAGCUAAAUGUGAGAAGUGGUUACAAUUUUCAUGCUACAGUGGAAGGGGAAAACUAUCCUACAAUAGAAUGGUUUUCCCUUGUUUUUCAAGUAAAUGACAACUUGCAUUUAAAAAAUGACUGUACAAAUGGAUCCAAUCACAUGUCCAUUUUCAGCCUAGUGUCUCAUGGUUUGACUAUUUCAUUUUAACUUGAAAUACCCAUUUUUUCUCCUACUGUAAACACUGCAGUAAUAGAUUAACAUUGUAUACAUGUAGCUAAGGCUAUUGUACAUCUUGUAGGGUCUGGUUUUUGUAUGCAAAUAUUUUGUUAGUUAUUGUUACAUGAGGCAUGUUGUAUUUUAGAAUCAGGUAAACCAGUUAGAUCAUCCCCGCUAAUAUGUUCUCAAAAUUGAUUUGUGGAGGAGGACGCUAUAAAAUAAUGUCCUCUAAGUACCUACUAAAGUAGUAAAGAUUAAUUCAUAGUAUUUCAGAUGCAAUUCAAACGACAAGGCAAAAAUAAUUUGUAUUUCAUAAAUUAUAAAGAAACGACAAAAUUUGUGGUGCCUUAUUUAUCCCUAUUAGAUGGAAGGGACAACAGACCUUGUUCUUGUUGUUUUUUCACAGCAAACCAUGUGCACUUUGUUAUCAAUAUCUUUUGAAAUGAAUCUCAUUUCUUUAGAGGAAUAAGAUAACGUGUGUUUUCCGUGUUGGAUAUGAAAGUUGUAUAAGUCAUAGUGAUGGAAGGAAACAGAACAGCAUCCUGUGUUAAGUUCCACUGAUCAAUGGUUUAUCAUUUCUAUUAAGAUGUGGCAAAGGACUGCUUUCCUUGAAGAGUUCUUUGAUAAACAUAUGUAAUAUUGUUCAUGCGUAAGUUUUCGGGUUCAAAGAAAGCAGUCUGUUCUUUAUGUAAAUUAUGUAAAUAAAUACUUUUAUAUCA